GCUCCCAACACCGUUUCUCACCCUGAAUUCGCCCGAAGCCCAGUUCAUUGAGUAGAGUUUAUCUUCAGAAAAAAAUAUGAAAAAUAAAAUAAACAAAUUCAUAAAAAUGUGUAAAAAGUGCAUUAAUUUUGUUAAAAUCAAUCAAUGAACGACAAAAGACAUUUUUAUCAAAAUGCAAAUGCAAAGUUUUUUUGCGUAGUGCAUGCGCGUAACGGAGAUAGCAGCAACCCGCUGGUCCGUGGCCCGGACCAAACACAGUGCAUUGGAAAGAGACGGGCAUAAACGGAGGGUUUCGCUAGAAAAAGAAUUAUUUUUGUAGCUGCUGCUGCCUUUUGCUUUUGUUUGUGAAUAUUUAAUUUCUACGUACGUUAAUAAUGUGAACGCAAACUAAACGAACCAAAAAAAAACGCGCUGCCGAAAAUUCUUAAUCGAGUGUAACGCAAAGAUAAUGCAUUUAAAAAUGAUAACAAUAUGGAAAAUUGCCGAUUAAAUGGCAAUAGAAAAAGUAAAAAGAAAAAAACCAAAACCAACAACAAGAGCAAGAGCGAGAGGGGCUUGUAAUUUGUGUGAAUGUGUUAGUGUGUGUGAUUGUGAGUUUGUGUGCGUGCGUGAGAAAAAAAUACAACAACUCAGCCAGGCAUUGUAUGCUGAUGUUGUUGUUGCUGUUAAUGUUGUAGGAAGAAGGCAGUAAAAAAAAAGAAUUUUCUUUUUUAAGAAAAUUUAAGGAACACUUGCUGUAAAGGAAAAGCCUUAGUAAAAGGCUAACACAGCAGUACACACACACACACGCACACUCAUACACAGACGUCUUAGCAUAUAUACAAACAGAUGGAAAAACAUAUACAAAGGGCGCAACGUUGAAAAUUUUUCAUAUACCAGAGAAGUGGAGAAGGAGGUGGAGAGAAGGGCUCUCGGGCCUUCUUAAAAUGGAUAAUACUGCUGGCCAGUACGUGCGCAAAAAACUUGCCUGACAUCGAUCUAGAAUAACGUUAAAGUAAAGAGUUUCGGUCGACACUUUUGCUGCUAGACAUAUAUAAAUGUAUAUAUAGAUAAGCUACUAUUCCAACUAUGAAAACCAUAACGCCGGAUACAACAAGAGCAGCGACAGCAUCGGCGACAACUACGCCGACAAUAAUUCCACAAGCCGCACAGCCACUGCAGCAACAGCAGCAGCAGCAGCAACAUCAGCAAUCGGGGAUUGAUGUUGCAUCUUCUUUAAUAAUGGAAGCCACAGAUCAUGUGAAUCUUGUAGAUGAUGAUGAUGGAGAAAAGGAUCCAUUAGCUUUAGAAUCAUCGUCACCAAGCACUACCACCAAUAACAACAAGCAUACGCAUAGUCUGAGACGUCACCUGCCACGCAUCAUUGUGAAACCCGUUCCACCUGAAAAGAAACCCAGUGAAGAUAAUGGAAUUUCCACAAAUCCGCCACCAUUAACUGCAAUUAAUCCUGCUCCUGUUCCUGCAUCAACACCAGCUCCUCGUCUGAUCAGCAGUCGACGGAUUCAGCAGCAACAACAGGCUAAGGCAGCGGCUGCCGCGGCAGCUGCGGCGGCGGCGGCAGCAGCAGCGGCCGCAACCGCUGCCGCCGCUGCACAAGCCAAUGCGGCAGCUCCAUCAUCCACCUCUUCUAAUUCCACCUCACCCGCUGGCUCCACAAAAACCGCCUCAUCCUCACAAGCAUCCACAAUGCGUGAGGUUCUGGCCUCUAUACCAGGCUUCAGUGUGAAGCCGCGAAGGCGUAGCAAUAAAAAAUUAACAACUGCCGCGCAAAUCGAACAGACCAAGGAUGGUAAAAUUGAUCUGGAGACACCCGAUUCCAUAUUGGCCUCAACCAAUCUGAGAGCUUUGCUCAAUAAGCAAACAUUCUCCUUGCUGCCGCCAAUCUAUCAAUAUAAUCUCAUACAGCUGUUGCCUAGCGUGGAUCGUGAGGCCAGCGAAUUGCCAAGCGGCAGCGGUAGCGUUGGCGAUAAGCCGAGCACGAGUGGGGGGAAUGGUAGCUCCAAUUCCAAUUCAGCGACUCCAUUGUCCACAGAGGCCAUACGAUUGAGUGCCUCAUGUUUAAAUAACGAAUUCUUCGCCCGUGCCUGCUUAGAAUGGCGGGAGAGAUUGAGUGAAGGUGAAUUUACACCUGAGAAUCAAUUGAAAUUGAAAACGGAACAAGAGCGCGAAAAGAAUAAAUUGGAUCCAUGGAAAUUGAAGCAUUUCGAACCAUAUUGGGGUGAAAAGAAUGCGAAACGUGGUCCCAACACGGGCACCGGCGCUGGUGGCAAACUGAAGUUGGAUGUGGUAAAAACUGAGCUAAAACUAACAAAAACAACAACAGCCACAAAAAUAAUAGAAAAGCAAAAACAAGCAACAUGUGAUAAUGAGACUGAAAUGAAAUAUGAUUUGAGCACAAAGUGCACAACUACAACAGCAGCAACCACAACUACAACCAGCAGCAGCAACAGCAGCAGUAGUAGUAGUAGUAGUAGAAGCAAUUUACCAUCAACUGCAAUACAAACAAUUGUGACAACACCAUCAACUACUCCUCAAGCAACUGGCAACACGAGCAAUGUUUUGACUGAGAAUCAACGACGAAUCUUAAAACGUUCCUCAAGUAGUCCUUUGUGCCACAAACAAUCACCAUUUACAUCAACAAGAACACAAAUAGAUGAUAAUAAUGGUCAUGAAACAGAUGAAUUGCCAAGCACAUCGAAGGAAAGUAAAUGUCUAAAAAUGGAACAUGUCGAGCAGAAUGAAAUUGUUGAUACUGUUAAUACUGUUGCCAUGUCAGCUUGUCAAAUUAUGCCCACCGCAGAUGUUGUAGAUGCAACAGUAACACAAGUAAUACAAGACCAGCAGUUAAAUCAACAACAACAACCACUUAUCAACAGUACCUGUGAUAAAAUUGAACCAUUAACAACAACAACAACAGCAGCAGCAGCAUCAUCGGAAGAAAUUAUUGUUGUUCCAAUGGAAGAGGAUGACGAGGAAAUUGAAGAACUAGCAGCAACAUCAUCUGCAACAUCCGAAACUGUUCCCAUAAGCGAGGCUGAAAAUAAUUUUGUUAAUUAUUUGCAAAGUGCUGAACUAACAGCGGACGACACCAAAGCGCCUGUGGAAUUAUUGAAUGAAGCCGUUGCAGAGGCUGAGACAGAGGCCGAUCCCUCAACAUCAACCCAUGAUUUUGUAUUUGCGGAUACUAUCGACCAUGCCUACUUUCAUGAUCAUCAAAGCGCGGCUGGCAUUAUAAAUCACAACGCCACCAGAUACUACACAUCAACAUCAUCAUCAUCAUCGUCCUUGCCCAUAGCCAAGACAGGCAGUAUAGAAGUAGAAGCGAGAGGAGCAUCAGAAGCCUUGACUUCAACUUUAACAACAAGAACUGCAACGAGUCAAUGUGAUAAGCUUGAAGAUUCAACUAUGCCAAUGGCCAGCUCGAGUGUUGGUCUAACGCCAGCCAGUUCAAUGGCCUCAACUAGUUGCCCAUCGUCUUCGUCAACAUCGUCGUCAACGUCCUCAUCAUCCGCCUCGUUGUCCUCGUGCUCGAGUAGUAAUUCCUGUUCGUUGCCAGCCACAGCGAUCACCGCGUCAUCAACAUCAACAAUAACGACACCUCAGUCGUUGGCUGCCGAUGUCCAGGCUAUGCUUUCCACAGUGGCUUCACUGCAACAGCAACAGCAGCAGCAGCACCACCAUCCGGAAUUGCCUGUGGAAUUGAAUUCUAAUGAAAUGUAUCAGCAUGUUCAACACGAUUGGAAUUUUGGUGACAUUAAACUUUUAUUGGAAACCCAAAACUCCUUUCAAGAUGAACGGAAGCAUCAACAGGAUGAACAUCUAAAUCUUAUGAAUUUGGAAACCGAAAUGUUAGGUGAAAUUCAUGAAGAGAUCGUUGACAACGACGGGGACGGGGACAAUGUUGACGACGACGACGAAGACGAUAUUGACAACGAUAUCGAUGAGGAAGAGGAAGACGAUCAAGAUGAAAUUGUCGACCGUAUGGAUGAAGGACAGGAAAAGCAUUUGAAUAUACAGGAUGUGGUCCAACUAGCACAACAUCCGUUUAUGCCACAGAACCAUGUGGAAUAUGCUAAUGAGGAAAUGCUAUGCGAUGCUGUACCCAUGUCGGCGGCUGAUAUGGAAGUAUCUAGUACUGUUAUCACCAAUAGCAGCAAUAGUAAUGAUAGUAGCAACAAUUUGAGUCUCUGUAGUAGUAGUAGUCUCAGUCUCAAUCAAUUGCCACAGCAGUCUCAAAGCCAACAGCUUCAAGCUCAGCAUCAGCCAACGCAAGCGACGGGAACUGUGACACAGCAGCAGCAGCAACAACGACAAAUUCUGGUAGAUUCUAAUGGACAAAUCAUAGGCAAUUUUUUGUUACAACAGCAGCAACAACAACAACGCCAGCAGCAGCAGCAACAACAUCAGCAACAGCAGCAGCAGCAACAAUUGUUACAGCAAUUAACAUUACAGGCGGCGGCCGCGCAACAACAGCAAGCGUCUUGCAGUGCCUUGACCAAAUCUAUGCCGGUAGCGUUAAGGAAUGGAGGACAACCACAGUUUUUGUCACCUAACUUGUUGGCACAACAACAACAACAGCAAUUGGAACAGCAACAACAACAGCAGCAGCAGCAGCAACAACAACAAAAGCAACAACAGUUGCAACAAUUUGCACUGCAACAGGCUCAAUUGCAUCAACGACAAUUAUUAGCUCAAGCUGCCAACAAUAAUCUACUACAGCAACAACAACACCAGCAGCAGCAGCAACAACAACAACAACAGAGUAUUGUACCGCCAGCAGCACAAGCUAAAUUUAUUGCAAAACCUUUAAAUAUAAUUUCAAUGACGCGACCCGCCAAUAAUUCAUCAUCGCCCACAACAGUGGCAACAACAGCUCAGCAAUCAACAACAACAACAAUUCCGUCCGUUUAUGCCAAUGUUGUAGCUGUGACAGCUGCCCAACAACAACAACAGCAACAACCACAGGCAGCAUCAAUUGUUGCCGCUGCUGCUCUCCAGCCACAGCCACAACAACAACAGCAGCCAACUUUAAAUCACAAUAGCAAUGUGCAGCAGCAACAACAACAACAACAAAUGCCACCACAAUUAUCCAAUGUGCUAACAAUGAAAACGUUGCCUCCAUCGGGAAUACCGACGACCAUUGCCCAACAGAGAUUGCAACCAAAAAUGCCCACAGGUAAAGGGCGCAAGGCCACCAAUAAUCGUUUACCACCAGGGGCUGUGAAUCUCGAACGAAGUUAUCAAAUCUGCCAGGCAGUCAUCCAAAAUAGUCCAAAUCGUGAGAAUCUUAAGGCUCAGCUGCGUCCCCCAGCAGCCAUACUUAGUCAGCAGCAGCAGAAUCAACAGCCGACAGUAGCAACCAACAAUCCAAAUACCGCGACACCACCAGGUGUAGCAGUGAGCGUUUCCCUAAAUGUGUCCAGUGUGGCAGCCGCACCCAUGUCCAAUAUGACAACAGCCAGUGGCAAUGUUGCCGGUGGUGGAGUGGUAACCGCUGCCGUUGCACCACCACCACCACAGAAUCUUUUAAAGCAAGAGGAAUUACUGGUGACGGGAGCUGCUGCUACCACGGCGGGCACUUUGCCCUCUGGUCUGCCGCCAAACGUCAUGGGAGUGGGACGACCUGGUGUAUAUAAAGUGAUUGGUCCACGUAUGAGUGGAUUUCCGCGUAAGAAAUAUGUGCAAAGGAAACCAUCUCCCACUACGCUGAUACGACAUGUAUUCACCGCUGGUCCCGGGAUGGCAAAUCCAGGAAAUCCCACAAAUCAGCCAUUGCAACAGUCGCCAGGGCCACCACCAAAUCAACCUCAGACCGAACAGAUGCUGCAUCAGAAUGGCAGUGGCCAGUAUGUGUUGGUACAUCGCGCUAAUGUGGGAGCAGCGGACAAUCAGGCGCCUAGAGCUUCUAGUGCCCCACCACUGCAUCAGAAUCAGUUUGUCACUGUGCAAAAUCCAUUGCAUAGCCUUAAUGGUCUACCAAUGGGCGGACGCGGGCGUCCAGCUUCGGUGGAUAAUACAACAGUUAGUGGCAAUUUGGUGUCAACAGCUAUUGCGGCCAGUACUGAUGCAGCCCAUCACCAUCAUCAUGAGCUGCAGCAGACACAACAACCACAACAACAACAGCCACAACCAACCCAACUGAACAAUGUUAAUGUGAACGCCGCCGCGAAUAUUGUGCGGCGCAAUAUCGCUGCAGGUACCAAUAUUAGUUAUAUCGAUGGCGGCAGUAAUAAUAAUCCCACAACUGCUCUAAUAGAAGCCGGCAAUAACUACAUAGUGACCACAACUACAGCAGCUCAAGCCCAAGCACCGCCAGCAACGAAUCACCAUCAGCCACAAGUACAGCAGCAGCAGCAGCCUUUACUACAACAAUUGCAUCAGACUGGUGAAAAUACACCGCCCGGAAAUGAGGCCACACCAACAGCAGCAGCAGCAGCUGCAGUAAACAAUUGUGCCUGUUCAUUGAACGCAAUGGUCAUCUGUCAGCAAUGUGGAGCAUUUUGUCAUGACGAUUGCAUCAGUGCAGCCAAAUUAUGUGUGUCCUGUGUGAUUAGAUGAAAGCUGAGCCUUAUUGCAGAGAAGGCGGCAGACGUAAGUGGAUAACGUAUUAUAGUCAUAAAGCAAAAAAUGCAACAAAUAUAACUACAUACUUACCUACCUACGAACAAGCAUACAUACAUACAUACAUACAUAUGUACUACAUACACAGGCAUACAUAUAGAGAUAUUGAUUAACGGAUUGAAAUAUUGUAGUUGUCAGCAAUAGCAAUCGAGUUAGUUAGUUUAGAGAAGAAAAAAUGUAGUAAAAGAACAUCUAAUUUAUUUUCAAAAACACAUCUAAAAAACACAUCUAACCUUCGGUUCACCGAAGUUAACAUAUAUCCUUGUAUAUCCCACUAUCCAUGAAACUUGACAUAGUGCUUUUGUUUUGCCGUCUCCCGUUACUGACUUUGUAUGUAAAGUGUCUGAUAAAAAAUAUAGGCCAACUUUGGUUUACUAUUUUUUUCCGUUUAGUUUCGUUUAAUUGUUUGUUCUAGUCUUUAUUCAUUUAUUUGUUUUGUAUAUUUGAGCAGGAAUAUAUACAUUUCAUUAUAUGGGAAUUAAAUACAAAUGUUUCUCUAAAUAACAAUAAAACUUUUUCUAUCUGAGGCAAUAUAAGAGGCAGUCUUGAAGAAAGAUAGUCAUUCAAUUGACCGAUUGUCUUGAAAAGCAAAUUCUUAUAAAUUUUCUAAAUAUUUAGAUUCGCAAAAAGUUUAUAGAAUGAAAAUUAAUGUAAAAUCAAAAACCACUUUUAAUUGAUUUCAAAAAGGACUUUCAUACAGUUUUGUAUUCUGCUAGUCAGAGAUAAAUAAAUAAAUAGGCCGGUUUCCAAUUGCAAUUCUGGCUGAUGUCGUUAGCAUUUCGCCUGAAAUUUUUAAUCACUGAACCGUGUUUUUUAUUGACUCUUUUAACUAAUACUAAUAAUAAAAUAUUUAAUAGAAGAAAAUAAAUAAUAGGUUUUUAAAAUGAUUGACAAUUUUUAACUGCACUGACUAAAACUCUAAACUUUUUAAAGUGGAAUAGUUUAGAUUUCAAUUUUUCCAGUUUGUUGUAAACCGCUUUUUAUGAUUGUAGUAGUUUGGAACUGCAAGGAUAUAAGAGAUCAAUGAUUUAACUCGAAAUGUUUUUAUAAACUAGACUUAUGUAUGUAUGUACAAUAAAAACAAACAGAACAAAAAAUUAUAAAAAGAAACCAAUACAACGCAAGUGCAGAGGCUUACGCAUAUACCGAGACACAGACAAAGCUCUAAGACACACACACACACACACACACAUAUACAGACAUUGAAUAAUAUACUUAUAUAUAUAGUAUAUAAAUAUAUUAAAAUCCUGGUAAAGUUAAGAUGACUUGCGUAACUCUUUACACUUUUUGUAUUAACCAUAACAAUGGCAAAUUGAAAGCUUAUAAAAUGAAAGCAAGUGUUGUGUAUUGUGUGCUUGUUGCAUAUCCCUUAAGAUACUCGUUGUUUUUUUUUGUGAUUGUUUAAGGAUAUUUACAAGCACACUAAAAAAUAAAAUUAAAACAAAAACAUUAACAAAAGAUGAAAAAAAAAACAACUAAACAAUAGAAAACACUCUCAUAUAUAAAUGCAAAUGAAAGGCAGCAAAUGAAAUGGAAAAAAAACUAUUGU